AGCUAACAGCAACCCAACGACCAACCUCUAGAACCCGAGCUGGUCUCGUUGUCGUCUGCAGCAGCUUCAUGUAAAAUUGUCAAAUUUCAAGACAGUUUUAUCCAAGAAGCUAACGAACUUUUGACACAGUGGAUUAUUUUUACGCAGAAUUUGCAAGAAAACAAAAACCAAAUUGUGAUUUAUAAAUAAAAAGAAGAAAAAAAAGUUUAAAAACUAACAAAACUGUUAAAUCAGUGCGCGAAAUGUUUAUUAGCAUCCAUAAGGAAUAAGGAUCUAAAACUGUGCAAUAACGUGCAAAAAUCGAAUCCCAACAAAGGAACAAAAACUCCAGUAAAAGUGACAAAGUGUUCAGAAAGAAUUUUAAGAGAGUUCUUUUCAAAAAUUAAUUCGUUCUGUUUCUUGUGUGAAAAAGUUACACACACAAGCAAAGCGAUGACAAGAAAACGUUCGAGUCCGCUGGGACUCGAGGAGCUGAUGUCUCUGGCCAUGCUGCUGUUGGUGCUGCCAGCGUUAACGCAAGCCGCCCCACUGCAGGAAUACACGGAAAUACAACAGUACCCAGAGGGCUGCUACUACAACUAUGCGCAUUACAAUGAAGGUGACCGCAUCAUGACCAAUGAGCCGUGUCUCAACUGCACCUGCCACAAUCGCAUGCUCAUGUGCUAUCUGCGCGUCUGCCCGUUCACCAAGCCCAUUGGUCACGAUUGCAUUGUGGAGAAGCGCGAGGAUCAGUGCUGUCCCAUCAUAACCUGUCCAGAGGUUCCUGUGGACGUGCCUUAUCAUACUCCUGAGCCUGGCACCGAACUGAGCAUACCCGAGAAGUUUGGCUGCAGCAUUGAGGAGAAGUUCUAUCCGGAAGGCGCCCAGGUGCCAUCGAAUCCCAACAAGCCAUGCGAGCUUUGCUACUGCAUUAACAAUCAGACCAAAUGCGUUAUGCAGGAGUGCACCCUACAUGUGGACGGCUGCACACCCAUAUACAACAAAGGCUCUUGUUGUCCCGUGCGCUACAGUUGCGAUCACGAAAAUGAUGUUCUUGAGCUGGAGGAUCAGUCGACGACGACGACCACGGUUCGUCCAACGACUGGCUUUAUUUUAACCUCAACCAUGACACCAGCCGUGUCUACGGAUUGCAUCCACAAUGGCAAGAACUUUGCGGAUGGUGCCUCCAUCAAGGGCAAGAAUGCUUGCGAGCAUUGUUACUGCAUGCGCGGCGAUAUUGUGUGUGCCGUCCAAGAGUGCGAGAUGCCCAUGAGUACGACUAGUGGUAAAGCCUGCCGUGCCAUGCCAGCCGCCGAGGGCGAGUGCUGUCCCAGCAAUUACAUUUGCGAGGAUGACAGUGCCACGACUGAAAUCAUUGAGGUUACUACCCAGGAGGUUAGCCGGGAUGAGGCGACUGUUACCACAGCAACGCCUGUCAAGGAUAUACAUGGUGAAAUACCCAAGGAAGAUGUUGAUCUUCAAGAGCACAUUGAUGAUGAGGAGAAGGAUAAGGAUGUGGCCACAGAGAGUCCAGCAGAGGAAGUCGGCAGCGGCGAGGUUGAUCAAGAGUACACUACGGCUGCUCCUGUGCAUGACGAUAAGAUUAAGGAGAAAGAGCCUGAGACCUCUACUAUCGGUGCUGAUAAUAGAAUUGAUAUACCAGCUGAAUCAUCGCCGGCAACGCCUGUCGAGGAAGGCAGUGGCGAGGAGGAUAUUAUUAAGGCCACUACUCCACGAACACAGGAAGCUGUUAAGCCUGCCGAGCCAACUAAGGAAGGUAGCGGUGAAGAUAAGGUUCCAACUGCUGCUGAGGAAGGUAGCGGUGAAGACGAAGAUAUUACAGCCACGUCUCCAGUGUCUUCUACAGAAACAAGCUAUGAAAGUGAGCAAGAAAUUGUUAAGCCUACAACACCUGUUUCUGAAGUCCGUCCUGAUGAAGAUGGUCAAGAGGCUACUACUUCCAAAGUGCAGAUUAGCGAGGAGGAGGAUGCCGCCAAGGGUACAACUCCAGCUGGAGAUUUUGGCGACAAGGAAGAUGUCAGUAAGAUUACAACUCCAGCUUCAGAGGUUAUCGUUCAGGAAGAUGUUGCCGAAGGUACAACACCAGCUGAAGACAUUAGCGAUAAGGAAGAUGCCGCCAAGGGUACAACUCCAGCUGGAGAUUUUGGCGACAAGGAAGAUGUCAGUAAGAGUACAACUCCAGCUUCAGAGGUUAGCGUUCAGGAAGAUGUUGCCGAAGGUACAACACCAGCUGAAGACAUUAGCAAAAAGCAAGAUGUUGCCAAGGCUACAACUCCAGCUACAGAUGUUAGUGAUAAGCAAGAUGUUGCCAAGGAUACGACUCCAGCUACAGAGGAGGAAGAUACUAGUAAGGCGACAACUCCAGCCAAGGAAGUCAGUGGUGAGGAAGAUAUUGUCAAGGAUACAACUCCUGCUGGAGAAGAAAGUCUUGAUGAGGAUACUAGUAAGCCGAGCGUUUCUGCCGGAGAUGAAAUUGCUGAAGAAGAUACUGUUAAGGCUACAACUCCUGCUGCAGAUAUUAGCGAUGACAAGGAUAUUGUUAAGGCUACAACUUCUGCUGCAGUUGUUAGUGAUGACAAAGAGGACAAGGCGACAACUUCUGCUACAGAUACUAGUGAUGAAAAGGAUAUUGACAAGGCCACGACUGUUUCUGCAGAUAUUAGUGCUGACAAGGAACAAAAGCCAACAACUCCUGCUACAGAUGUUAGUGGUGAGGAAGAUACUGUUAAAGCGACUACUCCAGCCAAGGAAGUCAGUGGUGAGGAGGAUAUUGCCAAGGCUACAACUCCUGCUGCAGAUGUUAGUGAUGACCAGGAAAAUACGGCGACAACUGCUGUCGCAGAAGAUAAGGAUAUUGUUAAAGUUACAACUCCUACUCAAGACGUCCGUGCAGAAGAUGAAAUUGUCAAGGGUACAACUCCUGCUGAAGAAGAACCAGUUGAUAGAGAUACUGAGAAAGCUACAACUCCUGCUGGAGAGGUUGGUGGUGAAGAGGAUAUUGUCCAGGCCACGACUCCUGCGGAUCAAGCUAGCACUCAGAAAGACAAGGAGGCUGUUAAGCCCAUCGAAGGAGCCAGCGAUGACGAAGGAAUCAUUUCAAGCACAACGUCCCCUGAGGAUACCAGCGUCGAAGAGGAUAAGAUUAAGGCUUCUACUCCUGCCAUUGAGACAAUCAAGUCUACCACACCAAAAACUGAAGAGGAUCAGACUGAAGCAGCUGAAAGCUCUACCGACAAAGAUGCCGCCAAAGAAGAAGACGAAAUUGUACCGGCAACAACAGCGGCUCCUCAUAUUCUUUCCUCCACUACUGAAGGCAUCAGUGAUCAAGAUAGUACAGAAAGCACAUCAGAAGAAGAGAAGCCUGUCGUACACAGUACAACAAUUGCGCCCAAGCAACCGGAGGACAAGGAAGAACAACCGAUCACAGUGUCCUCAGUUGAAAGUGAUGAGAAGGAAGCAGAGGAAGCAGAGGAUCACACUGAGCAAACCAAAAAAGAUGAGAAAGAGACAUCAACUGAAGAGACUGAUAAAUUCACAACUGUCAAAGCAGAAAUGGACAUUCUGUCAUCUACCAGUGCACCACUUGAUAAGCAGCCUUCAGAGCAGCCCAGUAUUGCCACCGACAAGGAUAAGGAUGAAGACCAAACUACUCAAGCAGUGCCUGUCAAGUCAGAUAUUGCUCCUGCUGUCAUUGAAGCUGAUCAAAGUACUGCCAGACCAGACAAAAGCGAGGAAGGCACAACUGAUAAGCCGCCAGCAGUUUAUCUGCCUCCUGUUUCAGAAGGUACUGACUCUACGGAGAGAAUUGACACCAGCACCGAAAUCCCAGAAUCAAGUGAAGAAGAUAUUACUGCAUCUACGUCAGAGGAGGAAUCGCCUGAACCAGCCAAGGUUACACCUGAAAAAACAGGCGCCGCGGAUGAAUUCGCUGCAGAGAAAACUACAUUGGCACCCACUAGGGAUGAGGAGACCACAGCAGCAUCCAUGCCUGACAUGCAGCUGCCAGCUGCUAUACCAGGAGAAGGCGACUGCUUGGUCGAAGGCAAAACCUAUGCCAACAAUACCGAUGUGCCAGCAACAACUCCUUGCGAUGUAUCGUGCAAAUGCAUUAGCAGCAUUGUGUCCUGUAAGUCAAUGGAAUGCAAAAUUCCCGACGAUCGUGAGAACUGUGUUCUGGCUACCGAUCUGCUUGACGGCUGCUGCCCAACUUAUAUUUGUGAAGCUGAUUCCUCAACAGCGAAGGCCGAUGAAAGUACUGAUGAGAGCAAGUCAACAACUAUCAAGCCUGAAUCAAGCACAAAGCCUGCUGAUAGAGUUGAUGAUGAACUGGAGUCUACUAGCACUCAACAAAUACCACAGGAUGUCAUUAUGCCUUCUGGCAUUACUGAGCAGCCAUUAUCACACGUUAAGCCCGAUGAAGAAAUCCCAUCCGUUACCACAACUAUUCCCGUAGUAGAUGAAGUCACAACGCCUAAAGAUAUCAAGAAGCCGAUAGCUGAAGAACUUCCUACUGAAGAAGAAGCAGAUAUAAUUGUAGGUGCUACUGCCGCUCCUGAAAUCAUAAAAGAAGUUCAGACGCCUGCCGAGAAAGACCACACACCGGAAGAUGGCGCUCAUAAGCAAACUGCAGAACCAACAACUGAGGAAACUGGCAAGCAGCCAGCACAGGAACCAACUACAACACCCGCUUCCACUACAGAUGAGUCCAAAAAGGAGACCGAAGAUACUACGGACACUACGACCAUUGCUCCUAUUGAAUUGGACGAAGAGAAACCAACUAAAGAGGAGAAGCCCGCUGACGAAAGGGUGGAAGUCCCAGAAGGCGCAAUCGAAGACAAGAUUUCUGCAACUACCAUUGCUCCUACAUCUGAGGAAGCAUCCACAGAAUCUGAGGAAGAGCCCUCAUCUACUGAGGCGCAUGUCGCUGAUGUUGAUAAGAGACCAGUUGAGGAUGCUGAAAAGAUCCCCGCAUCGUCGAUUGCCACACCAUCUGAAGCUGAGAAAGUCACAACAUUGGUUCCACCUACUGAUGCUUCUAAGCCUUCUGAAAGCACUGAAGACAGCGUUUCUGCGACAACUCUUCGCCCUGAAACUGAAGAAGAUCAAGACACUAAGAAACUGCAUAUUCCAUUGCCAACUACAGAGAUACCAGCUGAGUCGGAGGAAGAUGCAAAGAAACCUGCCGAUGAAGAAACAAGUACUGAGGCUGAUAUUGACAAGAAACCAGCCCAGGAAUCGCAAAUUACAACCAAGGCUCCGAAAACGGAAGAAGAUAAAGGAACAUCUGAUGAUAUAUCCACUUCUGCUCCAGCUGAUAGCAAGGAUCAAGAUGAAACUACUGGCUCUCCCAUUACAGAUGAUGAAGAAGAGGUUUCGAGCACAGAAAAGGCUGAACAUGAAGAGAAAGAUGUCGAGAAAGAAACUACUGUUGCGCCAUCCACCGAAGACGAAGUCUCUAAGGUUACCAAGCUUCCUGAAGAUGAAUCCGAAUCAGUCCCAACAACAACCAUUGGUUCAGCAGCACAGGCAGAUGAGAAGAAACCAAUCGAAAAAGAAACUCCAGCAAUCGCAACCGUUGAGGAUGAAAUUAAGCCCGAGGCGAAGCCUUCAGUUACUGUGGCCCCAACUGAUGCAGACAAGGAAGAGUCUACAGAGCCAUCUGUCACUAUCUCACCAACUAGGGAUACAUCUGGUCCUACUUCCAUCAGCCCUGCACCUGAGAAACCAACAGAAGACAAAUUUGACGAGGAAACUGUUUCAACUGACGCUCCUGUUAUUGAUGUUUCUAAGAAACCGGAAGAUGAGAAGAUUCCAUUCGUACCUUCGUCUACUGAGAAAGACCUGGAACCAUCAAUCCAAACAUCUACACCAUCAGAUAAGAAGACUCAAGACGACCAAAUUGACAUUGCUACAGAUGUUGUUCCCACUGAUGAAGAUGAAAAGCCAUCAACAGAGUCUUCAAGUGAAGAGGAUGAGCAAACGGCGCAUACUACAGAUAAGCCACAAGCUCCAGGGGAUACAAUUACAUCUUCAACGUCUGCACCAUCCACCCAAGAUGAAGAACAUAAGGUGCCAGAUCAUGAUGCCGAAGAAGAUGCCAUCACAACUGCAGCUCCCUCCAUCCAAGAUGACACAAAGAAGGCAUCCGAAGAAGAAUACACUUCGACACCUUUGGAGAUUGAUGUGGAUACAAAGCUUAUUACUACCAUUGCUCCAAGCACUGCAGACAAAGAAGCAGAGGAGCCAUCUAGCGAAACUACAUCUACCCAACGACCGACCACAAAGGGAGAGCAGGAAACACCAGAGGACAAAAUUGAUGCUACCACUGUUGCUCCUAGUUCCGAAGAUGAAGCAAGACCGUCAGACAAGCCAAUUGACAUAGAAAUUCCUGUGGAGUCGACUGAUGCACCAUUGGGAGCUGCAUCUACAGAAUCUGUUGAAUUACCCGAAGAUAAAAUUUCUUCAACAACUGCGCAUUCUCAGCCCGAAAAGGCCACCGAAACAGCCACAAAGAUUCCAGCCGUUGUUGAUUUUGAAGAAUUGGACAAAUACACCACAGUUGCGACUUCUCUUGAAGAAGAACCUUCUAAGCCAUUCGAUGAAGAGUCAACCUCUUCUGAUGAAGAGGCAGACACCCACUCUAAAACCACCAUUGCGCCACAGGUUUCCGACAAAAAGAAAUUACCACCAUUGCCUACACCUCCAUCAACAAGUAAGCCAGAAGAGGACAUCAAGAAGCCAGUUACUUCUGAAAGCGAAAUGGAGCAGGAGACUGACCUCACCACUCAGCCUCCAUCUUCUGUGGAAAAAGACGAACAUAUUUCCAAUGAGGUACUUCCGACAGCAACGCCUGCUGACGGUAAAUCAGAUUCAACAACGAUUGCACCAGCCGAAGAGGAUAUUGUUAAGAAACCAACUGAUGAUGAAGUUCAACCUAAGCCAGAAGAUAGCUACACCACAGUUCCUCCAUCUGCCGGCAGCGAAGAGCCAUCCGAGAAGGAACCAUCCCCAACCCCAGCUCCAGCAAAGGAUGAGCUCGAAGAAGGUGAAGAAAUUGACUCUACAACCGAGCGUCCAGCUGAAGAAACAGAGAAACAGCCUAUCGAUAAGAUUGCCUCCACUGUUUCUCCUUCUGAAGUGGAAAGCGAGCACCCAACUACAGCCGCUGCGGUUUCUAUCAAGGCAGACGCUACUACGCCGGCUGCUGAUGACAAGAUUGAUGUCAGUACGGCUUCACCUGCGGUUGCUGAAGAUGAUGAUACAGAGGGUACCACAGUGCGAACACCUAGUGAACAGGGCACCAUUGAGGACACAACAACACCCAAGACCGAUGAGGAAAAAGAACCCGCUCGUGUUUCUACUACGCCUAAAACUCAAAUUGCAGCUGACACUACGCUCACUCCAAUUCAUGUUCCUGAUGCUGAAGAAAUCGACACGAAGCCAAUGGAAGAUGUCAUGUCACAAACUAUUGCUCCUCAAACUGAUGAAGAAAAAAUUGAGGAUGACGGAUCUGCCACAACUUCUGCUGAAGAUGCUGACAAGACUCCAGUUACAGUUGCUCCUGCUUCUCAUGAUGUUGAAGCAACCAGCGAAGUUAGCAAGAAGCCAUCUGCAACAGAAGAUGUGGGUGAGGAAACUACUGAGCCAGGUGCUGUCAUACACGAAGACACCACAGAUCAAGUUGCUGGUGCCAAGCUGAAGCCACCAACACCAGCGCCGACAACAGACGAAAUCCCCACUAAGGCACCUGUGGAGGAAGAUGAAUUUGUGGCACAGACUGCGCAAACAGAUCUCGAGAAGGAGACCCCAAUUAAAUUAACUGAGGCUCCAGAGUCUGACGAUCAUACUGAUAAGCCAUCCGACACAGAAAAGUCUACCGUGCCACCAACUGUUAAACCAAGCUUAGAUUCUACCGAGGAGGAUGAAGAGUCGGUUGAGUCGGAGGAGGGGCAUACCCCUGCAUCAGAGGAUACGCAUAAGCAAGAAGAAAGUGCUGAAUCCACCGAAUCUGAGGAGGGCGUUACUGAGCCAGCUGAAAAGAAACCUGGACACGACGAGGCCGAAGUCCCAGCUGUAGUCUCAGAGAUACCACACACAUCAGCUGCACCUGCUGCUCAUGAUGAAGCAUCGACGGAGGCAUCCAGCGAAGAAACAGCUACCGUACACCCAGAUAUUGCCAGUAUUACAACGCUCCAUCCACUGUUCGCACAGCACCUUACCAGCACUACAAAGGCCCCAUCCAUCGACGAUAGACUGGGAGAUGGAGAAACUGAAGCAGCACCAACCAAGCAGACCACUGAGACAACGACAACAGAAUCUCCGCUCACAACAACCUCAACAUCCAGCCCACAACACGAACCCAUUACACCGCCUACCUAUGGUCACCAGCCCCAGUACCCAUCUUAUCCCGAGGACGAAUACGACGAAGAGGAGGUAUUUGGCCCAGGUACCUGCCGCUAUGCUGGCAAAAUCUACGUGUCUGCUCAGCAAAUCCCACGCGACGAUCCUUGCGAUUUCUGCUUCUGCUUCAGAAGCGACAUCAUCUGCUUGCAGCAAUCUUGCCCGCCUCCAAUUGCUGGCUGUCAUGAGGAGCCAAUUUCUGGCUUCUGUUGUCCCCGAUACGAGUGUCCCGUGUCCAUGGCCGCUGUGCUCAAUAUAACGACAAGUACGACAACCACAAGCACCACACUGCCACCGCAUUUCCUGAACUACUCCCACGGCGAUGCUGUGCAACACACUGGCUGUCUCAUUAACGGCCGUUCGUAUAAGGUGGGCGAACCUAUCGAAUCGACGAGUGGUCCCUGCAUCAGCUGCACUUGUGGUGGCGAUGGCAAGAUGAAAUGCGACCCACAGCAAUGCGUUCCGGAGCCAACAAUGCAGCAAGUGAUGGCUGCUGUUGCGUCUGGGCGUAAAAGAUGAACCACCAGCCAUGCAUACUAAAUAUAAUUUUAACUAAUUUUUAAGCACAGCAAACAAACAAUCACAAAACAGAUAAACAAACAGCCCAAAUUGCACCCACAGAGCUGCAUUCCUCACGUUUUUUGAAGGAGCAAGAACAAUUUUAAAAAAAAAAUAUCGACUCAGAAAUAGACACAGAAACAGAAGAUAUAAAAAAAAAAAAAAAAAAAACAAAAAAAACGAAGGUGCCAAAACUGGUGAAAUUAUUGCGACCCACUUAAUUAGAUCCAAAUAAUAUCAGAUCGAACGGAAUGAAAAUUUGUAAACCUUGAUUUGCCGAUAGAUAUUCGCACUUUUUCAAUUGAUUUUCAAUUUGUUUCGGAUUAGGUUACGUGACGAAGCAACCAGUGAUAUUGUACUGUAUACAUAGUAUAGGUGCAAUUAAUUUAGAACGCGCUCACUAAAAAUGAAUUACUUAUGUAUUUGAAACAACCCCAUAUAACAGACCAUAGCAGCGUACGAUGCGCCUUGUAAAGUCGUUCAUUGUGGGACCCUAGAAAAUGCGAUCGCUUUCAGGAGACUCAAACCUAACCCGACAUUUUGGUUGCACAAUCAAUGACUUUACGAAGCCCCAACGAUUGACUAUGGAAAAGCCGUUUCUUUUUGUUUGUUUUAAUAGCAAUACUUUUCUUCAAUGCGCUUUUAUAGUAUUUUAGUCAUCUUAUUUUAAACAUUAUUAUUUUUUGUGUAUUAUUGUUGCUUCUAGUCUUCUUUUGUUGUAAGAGCAACGAAAUCCGCCUAACACACGCGCAAAAUGAGAUCAAAUCAGAUCAGUUCAAUUGAGUUGAGAUAUUGAUAUCUUCUAUCAACUUUCCCAAGCUUUUAUACUUUUAUAUACAAUAUGUGUAAAAUGAAGAAACGAACGAAACUAGUUUUUAUAGCAAUUUUACAAGCGAACCACGAAUUGCAUAGUUUUUAACGGAUUGAAUUUAAAGUUUAUGUCAUUGCAUUUGCGCCACCCACGCACAAAUCCAUCUGUGGUAGGAAAGAAAAGUAAUUUAACUAGAGAGUUUUUUAAAGUCAACUGACAACGGAAACUAAACAAGCAAUCGAAACCACUGUAGGCUAUUGCUAUUGCUCGACUGAUUGAAAAGUGCACAAAAACAGUAGAUAUUGAAGUAGUCAAUAAUUUUGUAUAUUUUUUUUAAGAUUUCAGCAUACCGAUUUGGUAUUAACACAAACCCUGUAACAUCAAUAUACAUACAUACAUAUGUCAGAAAUUUCAAUCGCUUGAGCUUUAGAGGUACGCUGAAAAUUCGAAGCGUUAUUAAAACACAAUAAAUAUGAACAACAAUUAGAUUUAUAUAAUCUCUAAAUAUAGUUACAGUUUUUAAGUAUUUAACUAUAAAAAUAAAUAAAUAAAUUUUAAUGUAGAACUUAUUUAUUUUAUAUGUCUUUUAAGAACAGCUCUUGUGUUUCCGUAAUUAUCGUAAUUUAUAUGCAAGCUUUCUUUGUAAUCUUAUAA